CCCACUCUCCUGAAGCGGUCCGUAGACUUACUUGUGUUUGCUGGAAAGGCGCCUUCUAGAUUCUCAGUUGCUGCCUGGCGAAGACCCGGAAAAUUCUGGGAGGUCGCUAAAUUUAUAAACGACCCGGAAGCCCCAGUCUUUCAACGCCAUCGGGAGCUUGGUAGAGAUACCAGUUCCUUGAUCGCAAGCAUCUUCAUCAUUUGACCAUCGUGUCCUUCCUGGAGACGUGAUGUCACCACCUGCGGCGACUGCUUCGCCUGCCCUCCGCCGGCGCCUUCUCGCUGACAUUGCAGAGGUUCAGCAGGAUCCCUAUCCGAGCGUGCACCUAUACCUCAACGACGAGGACAUCACACACGCCUGCCUGGUCCUGGCACCACCGGGAGAGAAGCCGCUGCACCUGGAGAUCAAGUUCCCAACCAACUAUCCACUUCAGGCCCCGCACGUGACGAUCCAGAGUCACGUCGACCACCCAAAUAUCUUCGAUAGCUACAUCUGCGCCACGAUUUUGAAUACCGAGGAGGGAUGGACUCCAGCGUACACCCUCAAAGGCAUCUUGAUCCAACUCUUGAGCUUCUUCUCGAGCGACAUCAUCGAGCAGGAUUACGGCGGUGAGGUGGAUCUCGCAAGCUACAGGGCACAUAAGAGGGCCCGGCGGGAGAUCUCCAGUCAGUAUCGCUCAAAUAAAAGAGACUGGGACAACACUUGGUCUUACGAGUGCUACUGCUGCGGUUUCAACAAAUCGUGGAACAACUCGAUGCCGAAAGCAAGGUCGCAGGAGCUUCAAGCCCCGCGGGCCGUAGGUCCAUCCGAACGCACGAAGCUUUUGGAGCUUCCCGACGAAGUCAUCCUCAAUAUCCUGUCAUGGAUGGACACUACAGACGUGAUCUCUUUUGCCGACGCCAUACCUACCAUCAAGCACAUGCUGACCUCUUACGACUUCGUUCGUCUUCGGGAACUGCAGUGCUUUUGCUUGAAGAAGUCUUUCAUGAAGGCCAAACUUGGUAUUGGCGUCUCAAUCACCGGUGGCAGGAAGCCAAUCUUUCGUUCGGAAUUCGAUCUGCUGUCGAACGAGGCUUACAACCUGUUCGACGUUCGCAGGUCUGUACAAGGCGUAUGGUUCGACAAGUGGCUCCCAAUACCCCUCUCGCGUCGCCACUGGAAGACGGUGCAGCAGAAUGCAGGCCAUGCGUUGGAAGGAUUACGCGUGGCUGCAAAGCUGCAAGAGACGGAUAAGGUGGCUGUCCUCUAUCACUUCAUGAAUACAAUUGUGGUGCAGUUCUCCAACGAUGCCGCACGGUCUUGGAAGAAGCCAGAUUCGCGGAGCACGUUGUCGCAUGCGUCUGAGAAGGCAGUCGAGGCUUACUUCGCCCUGUUCCACCUGCUUCUUUGCUUCGCGACCGAGAAUCCAAUUACUGUGAACCAUGCAAACCGCAUGGUCGCGCGCUUCCUUGCCGGGCCACGCACCAAGACGCAUUUUCCGGACCUUGGCCAGCUGCUUGUGGCAGCACUGAUCUCUGAUACAGGGCUCACGCAAGAGUUAACCUUCCAAAUCAUCAAGGAAGCUAUCCUCCGCAAUGUGGUUUGGAUGCUCGACACCAAAGGCGCUGCUAUGGCCGAAUUGGCAUAUCUAGAGCCUACAACCGUGUCGGACUAUCGUCUCCAGAGAACCUUCGAAGGAUCGCGCACAUCGUACCGCCUCCUCAUGUUCCUCAAGCUCUUCUCCUCCAUGGCGCGAACGCCCGGUAAGACACUCGUGCAGUUGCGUGAAGAGCUCUUCGACACGCACAGCGCGCCUCCGCCUGGAGUAUCUGCCAUUAUGGCCCAGAGAAUCCGCGCAAUUCAAGCCAUCGACUCCUUCCCGAAGUUUCUGACAGUAAUGGGCAUUACUCAGAUGCCAUCCAGGUCAGAGUUCACCGCCUUCUUAAGGCGCACAAUUAGCGAAAGCGUCGAUGCCAACUAUUCGCGCAUGCCCAUGACCCAGAGCCAGCUGUAUCUGAUUCGGAGGAUGUGGGAGCCGACGGUGGAGCGAUCGAGGGAGGUACAGAUCACACCGCAGCUAGAGGUCUGGUUCGAACGUGGGGAGAAAUGGUAUGGAAAUGGGUGGAAUGGCCGACCGAGUUUCUUUCCUUCAGAGGGUCGAGAGGGUACAGGCGGCCGUGGCCGUGGUCGUGGCCGCGGUGGUAGGCGAGGAUAGCACUGCUUCUGACGAGAUAAGUGGGCAUGGUAUGCAUGCUCGAAUGGUGGCGGGAGAAUUUGGUGGCACAAAGGGUACCAGUGCCUACCGCGGACAAGUGUAUGCGGCUGGCCCUAGAUAAUCACCAAUGGAUGGCGGUCUUGAAUAAACACUUUACUGUGUCCAGUCUCACCAGAAUAAGAUGUGAGAAAUAGAC